AUGCCUUCCCCGGCCGUCGCCCAGCAGUUCGACAGCAUAGAAUCCACAAUCCACGCAUACAAAAACGGCGAAUUUAUAGUCGUGCUCGACGACCUCUCCCGCGAGAACGAAGGCGACCUGAUCAUCGCCGCCGAGGACGUCACCGCCGAGAAGAUGGCCUUCAUGGUGCGCUACACCUCCGGCCUGAUCUGCGCGCCCAUGACCCCGGCCCUGACCACGCAUUUCGACCUCCCGCAGAUGGUGUCCGCGAACGAGGACCCGAACCGCACCGCCUACACCGUUUCCAUCGACGCCGAGUCCCCCGAAACGACGACGGGGAUCUCGGCCCACAACCGGGCGCUGACGUGUAGGACGCUGGCGAGCAAGGAGGCCACCAAGGCGAGCUUCAGACGGCCGGGCCAUGUGUUUCCGCUGCGGGCGAGGGAGGGCGGUAUCAGGGAGCGAACGGGACACACGGAGGCGGCGGUGGAGUUCUGCAGGUUGGCCGGGAAGGCGCCCGUGGGUGUGAUCUGCGAGUUGGUGGAGGAUGGGGAGGAGGUUGCGGGACAGGCUCUGAGGAGGGAGCCGGAGAUGAUGAGGCGGGAUGGGUGUUUGGCGUUUGGGAAGAAGUGGGGGCUGAAGGUCUGCACGAUUGAGGAUCUGGUUGAGUAUGUGGAGAAGACCGAAGGGAAGCUGGUAAAUAAGACGAAUGGGGCGAGUUGA